UUAGGGUUUGGUCUCCCACUGCGCUAUGCCCCAUCCUGUCCCUCUGCGCGGCGGACUCCUGCCCUGUCCUGAGUCCUGACCCCCGCUCCCCGCGCGACACAAUCCUCGCCUUGUUUGUUUGAAAUCCAAAGCGAGCGAGCGAGCGAGCGAGAGAGAGAGAGAGAGAGAGAGAGAGAACAACCCAGGUACAUCGUCUUCUCACAAUGGAACUAGCCGAGCUCAUCAUCGCCAUGAAGAAGCGUCGCCGCCAAAUCCAGGCAGACAGUAAGCCGGCAAACCCCACACCAGGUACAUCGAUUGCUUCAGUGGCUAAAAGAACGAGGCCAUCCUGUGAACAAGAUGACUAUUCUCAAGGCACCAAAAUAAUGCGAUAUUCAGGGCCAGAACUUCCAGAGGACAUCUGGUGUCAUAUACAUGCCCUACUACCACUACCUGAUGCUGCCCGAGCUGGCUGCGUGUCUCGUGAAUUUUUACGUUCCUGGAGAUGCCACCCCAACCUCACCUUCAGUCAGGAAACACUGGGUGUGAAACGCACCUUCAGUGAGAAAAUAUGUGGAAGUGAUACACUAGCUUGGAAGUUCACCAAAAUAGUUGACCAAAUUAUGGAAAAACGCGCAGGCAUUGGUGUGAAGAUAUUCAAGCUUGAACACUGUGGUUCUCGUAUCUACACCAGGCAUCUCAAAAGUUGGCUUCAGGUUGCUGUUAACCCAGGGCUUGAAGAGCUUGUACUUUCGCUGCCUGUAGUAUACGAUGCAAAGUACUACAACUUCCCAUGCUCACUUUUAUUCAAUGGAAAUGGAAAAUCAAUUAGUUAUCUAAACCUCAAAGGUUGUGCCUUCCAUCCCGUGGCUGGACUUGGUUGCUUGAGAAAGCUGCAUCUGUCUCGGGUACACAUCACUGGUGAUGAGUUAGGGUGCCUUCUUUCUAAUUCUCUUGUUUUGAAGGAGUUGAAUCUUAGCCAAUGCAAUAAGAUCACUUGCUUGAAGAUACCGUGCCUGCUAAACCAGUUCAACCACCUGACAGUGUUUGGAUGCAAAACACUGGAACUGAUAGAGAACAAAGCUCCGAAUCUUUGUACAGUUCGUAUUGAUACUACUCUCGUACGACUUCCAUUUGGAGAUUCAUUGCGAGUGAAUAACCUAGAGAUGUUGUGGGCCUUUGAGUAUAACCUCGUUUAUUAUGCCCGUGCCGAUCUUCCACGGAUUAUGCCAAAUCUUGAAACUCUUGGCAUUUCUUCAGCUGGCGAGGUUCUUAAUACACCAAUCAUAACUGCCAAAUUCCUGCACCUCAAGCUAUUGGAGAUUUGUCUCUCUGUUGCAGAAGGGGCCUUUUCCCCAGCUUAUGAUUAUUUGUCUCUAGCUUUUUUCCUGGAUGCUUGUCCUGUGUUGGAAACUUUCAAAUUGUCUGUAUGUCAGACUCGCAUGAAGCAUGAUCCUGUAUCUGGGGAUUCCUCUCUUCUCAGAAAGAUGCCAGGACACCACCACGCCAGCAUCAAGAACGUGAAGAUCGAUGGAUUUUGCUCUGCAAAGAGCAUGAUUGAGCUAACUUGCCAUAUUCUUGACAAUGCAACAUCACUUGAGAAUCUUAAACUGGACCCCAUAUAUGUUGGUGGUUAUGAACAUGUUGAUAGGUUAACUGUCCACGAAAUUGGUGAUUGCAGCCCUCAUACAGGACAGCGUAUGAUCAGAGAAGCCCACAAAGCAGUUUUGGCUAUCGAAAAAUACAUCGUUGGGAAGGUCCCCCCUAAUGUUAAGCUAAAUAUCAAGAAGCCAUGCAGUCAGUGCCAUUCUGUCAAAUGAUUGUGACCAUCCAGUGUUUUUAUUUUAUAUAAUGAUGCUGUAUAUAUGGAUUGUGCCUUUUUUUCCCGUAGUUAUGUCAAUUAUUAAUUCUCAAGCCUUGUAAUAUUUAUUACUACAUGAACUUUGUUUUACUUUUGAACUAUAUUAGUGUUGCUGGGUGUAA